AUACAGCACAGUUAUACAUCGAGCUCUCCCAGAGUGACGUGUUUUAUCCAUAGACUGUAAAUAUUAAAUCCAGGUUUUAUCCUAUAAUAACUGUAGAGCUGCUCGCCUGUGUCCUGAACCCUUGUUGUCAGGGCUACCUCUCCAUGGAGACGCAUUCCCAAAGGUUGAGAGGAGGGCUUUAAGGUAAAGGAGACCCUCACCUUGAUGGAGCAACAAGUUAAGAGGAAGAGGAAGAAGAAGGAAAGGCUGUAAAGGUGGAGGGAUUAGAGACAGUUCCACACUGGAGACACGAGAAGAGUAUAAUUCAACUGAAGGAAAGAAAAAGAAAAGUUGCAUGAAUUUAGAGUGAAUUUGUCAGAAUGGGCUAUGAACUGGAGAGGUUUGUGGGCUAUGUGAAUGAAGGGCUGCUGUGCUGUGUGUGUCGAGACGUGUUGGAUCGCCCCCUCCAGGCCCCCUGUGAACAUGCCUACUGCAGUGCCUGCAUCAGCAGCUGGCUGCUCCAUCACCACUCCUGCCCUGAGGAUAGACUGCCACUGGAUGUUGGCAGCCUCAAACCCCUGUACAGGUAUAUGCGUAAUGACUUGAACCGCCUGCAGAUCCGUUGCGUGAAUGCAGGGCAGGGUUGUGAGGUGGUCUGCUCUCUGGAGACCCUGCACACACAUGAGGAUGAGUGUGAGUUUGCCUUCGUCUCCUGCUCUAACACAGGUUGUCCUGUGCAGGUAGAGAGGCGGGGUUUGGAGGCUCACUUGGCAGAAUGUAACUUCCGCAGCAGGGAGUGUCCAAACGGCUGUGGUCAUACCCUUCUCUCCAUUGAUCAAUCGCAGCAUAACUGUGUGGCCGAGCUGCGCACAGAGGUGGAGAUGCUCAGGGCAGAGAUGCUGUGCAAGGUUGAAGAGGUGAGACGAGAGAUGGAGUCUCGGUUGGACUCGCAGAGGAGACACAUGGUUCAGAAAGAGUCGCAGCUGAAGAACGAUGUGGAGGAACUCAAGGAUCAAUUGACCCGCGUAAUGUGCGACAUGAGAGCCCUGUUAGGAGCCGAGCGUCUCAGGAGACAGGAGUUGGCAGAAGCCGAGCUGGAGAAGAGGGAAUUGCUGGAGCUCUUUAGAGACCUGCAUCCUACCAGGAGUCAGCAGCUUGUAGAACCAGCAGUCAGGGAGCAGCUUCAGGGAGACUUGCACGCAACUGGAUGGGACCCACAUGUCGAAGUGACAAGACACCAGCAGAGGGAGUCACCUUUACACGCCUCCAGCCUCUCACUACAUUCAGCUCAGGCUAUGAAUAUCUCAGGUCCACCUCAAUCACCUCAGCUGGGAGAGGGGGCCCGCAAGGUUGGGACAAGGAGCCUGACUCUCGACUGCAUCAAGAGGAAGAGUCGGGAGGUGACGGUCAUCUGAGAGGACUGAACCAGCAGAUCAGCCAAACUUUAUUCUGACAAAAGUAAUGAAAACAUUCUGAAUGUACUAGAAGUUAUGUUGAUUCCUGCAUGAGCUCAGAAAAUGCUCAGAAGUUAAAUUGAUUAUUUAACCCUAAGCUUAUAUAGAACUGAAGGGGAUAUAGUAUACACCUGAAUUUCCCCUGAUCUAUCUUUCAAUCUAGAUGUUCAUACAUUUUUAACACUCACUCCUCAUCAUCAAUGUGUUACAUCAAUGUGUCAUUUUGUAUCCAUCUGAUUUCAAUAAAAAAAAAACACCUCAAAUGAUUUACUGGAUUUCAUCAGGACCAAAUUAUUUCUAGGUUCCUUUGAACAAACAUGUGUGUUUUAAGGUUUAUUCAGAGCCAUGUGAAGCUGGUUACAAUAUUAUUUUUAUUAUUAUUGAGGUCCAAGAAGAUGUAUAUGAAGGAGUAUUUAGGAUAAAGUCGUAGAUUUACAAGAUUAAAGUCAUUAUUUUAGUCUAUAGUUCGGCCUAUAUAAAAAGAGCAGCAGCCGCCUGUACAAAAAUGAGGAACGUGGAGCAUCUUGUGAAGUUCUACUUUAGUAAA